GGGAAGGAGGAAAAAGAAAAGACAAGGGGACACAGAUUAAGAGGGAAGAUGGCUGAGCCGGAGCUGAAAUCGCGGAGCAGCCGGGAGAGCGUUGCCAAGGUGGCAAGCCAGGAGAAGAUGGGGGCAGCUGGAGCAGAUCAAGAUGGUCUGAUUGUAGAGCAACCAGCGUCCCCAACCACCCCCGUAGUCUCUGCUCCCACCGACACAAGCCCCACCGCCGCCUCGCCCACCAAAGGGGAGAAGAUCGAGCUCAAACGCAGCAUCACCCUCUUCAAUGGCGUAGGAAUGAUCAUUGGCACAAUCAUCGGCUCUGGUAUUUUCGUCACCCCAACAGGUGUGGUCAAAGAGACCGGUUCAGCCGGGCUCUCCCUGAUCAUCUGGUCUGCCUGUGGGGUCAUCUCUACCAUGGGCGCCCUGUGCUACGCUGAGCUGGGUACCACCAUCACCAAGUCGGGGGGAGACUACACCUACAUACUGGAAGUGUAUGGAGAACUGGUGGCUUUUCUAAAGCUGUGGGUGGAGAUGCUCAUCAUCCGGCCGUCAUCGCAGUAUGUGGUGUCACUGGUGUUUGCCACGUACCUUCUGAAACCUCUCUACCCAAACUGCAGCGUGCCCGACAGUGCAGCCAAGCUCAUUGCCUGCUUGUGUCUCACCUCGCUGACGUUUGUAAACUGCAUCAGUGUGAGAGCGGCCACCAAGGUACAGGACUUGUUCACGGCCUCCAAAUUGCUCGCUCUGAUCAUCAUCAUCCUCUUCGGCCUCAUCCAGAUUUUCACAGGUGACGUGCCAUACCUGACACCUGAAAAGGCAUUUGAAGGCAGCAAGCUGGGAGUGGACAAUAUUGUCUUGGCUCUGUACAGUGGUCUCUUUGCUUUUGGGGGCUGGAAUUACCUGAAUUACGUGACCGAGGAGAUGAUCAAUCCAGAGAGGAACCUGCCCUUGUCCAUCAUCAUAUCCAUGCCUAUAGUAACAGUGGUGUAUGUUAUGACCAACCUGGCCUACUUCACCACCAUCUCUCCUGAAGUCAUGGUCGAGUCGGAGGCCGUUGCCGUGAGUUUUGGGGAGUACCAUCUUGGUGUGAUGUCCUGGCUGAUUCCUGUCUUCGUGGGACUGUCCUGCUUUGGAGCCGUCAACGGAUCUCUGUUUACCUCAGCACGGUUGUUCUACGCUGGAGCUCGAGAGGGUCAGCUUCCUGCUGCUCUGGGUUUAGUCCACACAGACCUCUUCACACCAGUGCCGUCACUCAUCUUCACAUGUUUGCUGUCCAUGAUGUACGCCAUCUCUCAGGACAUCUUCUCCGUCAUCAAUCUCUUCAGCUUCUUCACCUGGCUGUGUGUUGGUAUGGCCAUUGCCGGCAUGCUCUGGCUGCGCUUUACCAAGCCUGACCUCAGAAGACCCAUUAAGGUGUGUCUGUUCAUCCCUGUGACUUUCGUUCUGAGCUGUGUCUUCAUGAUCGCGGUCUCCUUCUGGGCAGCUCCGUUUGAGUGCCUGAUAGGCAGCGGCAUUAUUCUCACAGGCGUCCCGGCAUACCUACUGGGCUACAAGUGGAAGAAACCCCAUGUGGUCAAGAAGAUGCUGGAAAUCUUCACCAUGUUCUGUCAGAAGAUCUUCAUGUCUGUUCCUGAGGAGAGGGAGCAACAUGAGGCAGCUGAAUAACACGGGACGCAAACAACAGGAUGAAGGACUGUCAAUAUUUUGGUCUGAACAUUCUUGAUAUGUUUACAUUCAUUCAUGUGUGAUUUGGUUUAGGCAGUAUCACUAACCAGAUAACUAUGAAGAUAAUUGGCAUUGACAAGGGCGGCCUAGCAAUCUUGGUAAAGAAGGGUUUACGUACGCUCUUGUGUGCAAAGAAUGAAGGCAUACUUAAUGUCAACACUAC